AUGAGUGACGAGUUAUCGUCCGAAAAAGGAGCUUCGUCUGUACGCAAAAUGGUUCGCCAAACUGCUUCGAGGGUGAGCUUAAGGAAUAGAAGCCCAAUCCGACGGACCGCCCGCAGGGACGGGUUGGAUUCGUCCGCCUUGAGUUCUAGGGAGGUUUCAACUUCAAGAGCGUCGUCAGUUUCGAGAGACCCUACCCCUGUUAGGCGUGGCACAGGGAUAGCUCAGGCCAGAGCUGACCUCAGAAAUGCUAAGGAAGAGGCCAUUGAGCAGGCGUUUGAUCAACGACUUAGGGAUAGAGUCUAUAGAAAAGAGGCAGUUGUAACCGUGCUGGACCCUGAGGAAUGGUUCGAGACUGAAACUUCCAAUAAUGAGGAUCCAGGCAAUCUUAAUUCAGAGGAGUUGAGAGCUGCUGCGGGACGCAGAGCGGCGGCGAUUAUUCAUGUUGCUACUAAAUCUGGUCAUUUGAAAGGCACCUUCGUUAAAUGCCUCAAAGAGUCGGCUUCGGCGCUGCAAAAUUUUGUCGAUACGCUUGUUAACAGAACAGAGUCAGAGGAAUCCCGUCGGUUGAGGCUUGACAAUACUCGCCUCCGCAAUGAAGUGGAUAGUCUUAAAGCGGAGCUGAAAGCCCAUCGGCGGGAAUUUGUAGAAAUGAAAACUAGCAUGGCGGCGGCUAAUCGUACAACGACACCAACUUUAAAUGUAGACAUAAUUGAGGAGAUGAAGGCCUCAAUUGUUGCAUCGGUGGGUGUCAUGCUUGACGCUAGAUUCGCUGGUAUUGAAGAGAGACUGCUGCCCGAAAGAGUGAUUCGCCCGCCGUUAGCAUCGGAUAAUAGAAGGCCGGAAGCCCCGCCGCCACGAUCGGCAGCAGCUCCUCCGAAGUCUAAAAAGGUGCCAGAAAACCGAAAUGGCGAUGCACGAUCGGCUUCUCCCGAGAACUCCGAGGCAGCCACGGGUUCAAGUCGCCCUGCUGUGAACGAGGUAGCGGGUUGGUCUACAGUUGUUAGAAGAGGAAAGAAGGGAAAGAAGGCCUCCUCUUCCUCAAAUAAUGCUUCCCCUGAGGCUACUUCUGCCCACACUAACAGACCUACGGGCCCUCCGACGUUUACCCUUCCCAAGACUGCCGCGAUUAUUAUUAAUCUCGAGCCGGAUGCCGUAAAAAAGGGAAUCUCAUACGCUGAGGUGCUAGAGCGGGCCGAACAAAGUAUAAACCUACAGGAGCUUGGUAUUGGGGAAGGCAUAAAAAUUCGUAGGGCGGCCACUGGAGCAAGGCUUCUUGAGCUUCCUAAGGAACAGACUCCGGAGCAGGUGGAGCUGCUAGUGAAUAGACUGCGGGCGGCCCUAACUGGCAUGGCCACUGUCGUUCGACCCACCAAGACUGCAUCCGUCAGGCUUAUGGACCUUGAUGAUACUGUGACAGGGGAAAAAGUCAUUGCCGCUAUCGCCAGAGUUGGAAAUUGCCCUGUUAGCUGCAUUAAGGUAGGAGAAAUACAGUCUGGCCCCAGAGGAAUGGGCGCGACUACAGUGCACUGUCCUGUCGAGGUUGUAAAAGUGAUGUCCGAUGCGGGGAAGCUUUUGGUAGGUUGGAGUUCCGCUAGAGUCCAGGUUCUCGAUCAGCGCCCAUUACGCUGUUAUAAGUGUCUCUGUAUCGGGCACACAAGGCCGCUGUGUCCUUCACUAGUCGACCGUAGCAACUUGUGCUUUCAAUGUGGCGGCAUCGGGCACAAGUCCUCAAAGUGCUCGAGCCCUAUGCGCUGUGCGGUGUGUGUGGACGCAGGCCUUCCGUCGGGGCACAUAAUGGGGGGAAGGGACUGCAAUCCCCCCCCAACGAGGGGUACAUUGGACACAUCGGCUCGGUCCAGCGAAGGGCUACAUCAGGAUGAAGGGGAAGCUAACAUGUCGUCAUGA